CCCUACGAUUGUAUAUACUCAUGUGUCCUGUAUUGUAUCAGAUGUUUGCGAACACCUUCGUGCGUUCUGCGCGUCGUGUACGUCCUUCAGCGCAAACACUUCGUCUCAGAGGCGCGAGGAAUGCUUCGACAUUGCCAGAGAAUCAACACAUUUAUGUACAUAAAGAUCCGUUCGAUCCGAGCAAACGUUUGCUAUCACUACUGCCCACCGAACCUCCCACACCACAACUCGCCAUAGGCACAUGCACUGCUCUCCCACCCACGCCCCAGAACUUCACCGAGAACCCACAGUUCCUUCCCAUCCUAUCCUCUGUGUUCGCCACACACGCCAUCUCUGACCCAUAUGUACAAUCGCAAGCAGCCGUCUACGCGUCACCAGGCGGCUCUAACCUUUCGCAACCGAACGAUGGCGCAGGCGGCGCAAAUCACCAAGGCGGCAUGGGAGGAGCAGGUCAUGGAGGUUGGAUACAUAUCAGUGAUCUGAGGAAUCCACCAGACUAUGGGCGCAUUGCGUGGCCCGAGGACAUCUUCGGCAGUGUGGAAGUUGACGGCAAUGGUCAUUUUAGUGGAGGAGACGGAGGCUGGCAGAACAGUGGGACGUACCGCGUUGUGACGAGGGAGGGCAUUUUGGGAUUGACUGACUUUAUGCGAGGAAAAUUGGUAGAGAAGCUACUGGAUCUAGAGAGGCAGAUUAAGCGGAACUCGUAGCGAUACGACAUGAUAACGAAUUAUACCCCGGAAGCAUCACGCGUUGUAAUGAGGCUUAUUAGAGUCCAACUGGAAUUGUACAUGCAUUGUAGCCUAGGGCAGUCUAUGGGGUAUCUAAGCGCACAACCACUCCACACUUGAAAUAAUAUUCUACCAUCC